UAGACAAGCGGAACUGCACGUGCACACAAAAGCUCUGCUCUCCGGCAUUGCCAGAAAUACCAUCUCAGCGAGAUUCGACCUAUGUUUAAUUAAAUACAGAAAGAAGAUAACAACAAGAGUCACAUUAUAAAAUGGGUCGACCUGGAUUUGGAGACCGUGGUGGUGGCGGACGUGGAGGUGGAAGAGGAGGAGGUAGAGGAUUUGGUGGUGACCGUGGGGGUGGACGAGGAGGUUUUGGGUCUCCAGGAGGUCGUGGACGAGGGGGUUUUGGGUCUCCAGGAGGUCGUGGUGGUGGUCGUGGAUUUGGUGGCCGUGGUGGUCGAGGAGGUGGCAGAGGGGGUCCGGGUGGAAUGAAAGGUGGUAAAAAUGUCAUCAUUGAGCCACAUCGUCAUCCUGGUGUAUUCAUUGCGAGAGGAAAGGAAGAUGCCCUUGUGACGAGAAAUAUGGUUCCGGGGGAGUCUAUUUAUGGCGAAAAACGGAUUUCUGUUGACGGUGACGAUGGAACCAAGAUUGAGUAUCGAGUCUGGAAUCCGUUUAGAUCGAAGCUCGCUGCAGCUAUUUUAGGAGGUGUUGAUCAAAUUCAUAUGCCUCCAGGCAGCAAAGUUCUCUACCUCGGAGCUGCUUCUGGAACUACCGUGUCACAUGUUUCGGACGUUGUUGGUCCAGAAGGGCUUGUUUAUGCUGUCGAAUUUUCGCACAGAUCUGGUCGGGAUCUCCUUAAUGUAGCAAAGAAGAGAACAAACAUUAUUCCAAUCAUUGAGGAUGCCAGACAUCCACACAAAUAUAGAAUGUUGGUGGGAAUGGUGGACUGCGUUUUUGCCGACGUUGCUCAACCUGAUCAGGCUCGAAUUGUUGCAUUAAAUUCGCAGUACUUCCUUAAAAAUGGUGGACAUUUCGUCAUAUCAAUUAAGGCCAACUGCAUUGACUCUACAGCUGAACCUGAAGCUGUUUUUGCUGGUGAAGUCAAGAAGCUUCAGUCAGAAAAGUUCAAACCCCAAGAACAGCUCACUUUGGAGCCUUAUGAGAGAGACCACGCCGUUGUUGUCGGAGUUUACAGACCUCCCCCCAAGACCAAGGCUUAAUAAUAGUAAAACAGGUGUAACGAAACGCGCAUCAUCAUAAAUUAUAUGAAUCAUUUAUUUAGUUUUUCCUUUUACAAGUUAUCUUCAUGUGCCUACUGUACAACAAGAACACAUUUAUUUUAAAUGUGUACAAUAUGCAAAAAUUAAAUACUUCCUAUUGUUUUUUAUGACUUUGGAAUUGAUAGAUGAUUCAGUUAUUUGUUAGACCAAUUUAUUAGUUUUCAACUUAUUUUCUAGUGUAUGCUGUUUUACAGCAGAUUAAACACGUAAGGUCAUUUUUAUUCUUAAUGUCAGCUUACAUGAAGGGCAAAAUAAAGUAAUUUUACUGACUUCUACUUGA